GGAGUGGACGGUUCCAGGCCAUGCUAAUGAGGGGCUGGUCGCCGCCGCCCAUUGGCCGGCCGCGGAGUGUCGGUGAAGUCAGCUCGGAGUAGCAGAAAAACAGAGCGGGGCUGACUGCAGCGUGGAGCGCGAGCCGGAGCUGGACGCGCGCAGCCCUUGCCGGGGGACCCGCGAGGAGUUGGCAUCCAUUGGAAGAAUCUGAGACCCUCUCGGCCCAGAGCUCCAGGACCAAUGCGUCUUCUGACCUCCUUAAAAUACUGAGCCAUCCGGAGCCACAGCUGUAGAAGACUUGCCCAUCGCCAGCAUGAGCUCUGAAUGUGAUGUUGGAAGCUCUAAAGCCGUUGUGAAUGGCUUGGCACCUGGCAGCCAUGGGCCAGACAAAGCCACUGCCGACCCUUUGUGUGCCCGCUCUAUUUCUGCUGUUAAAAUAAUUCCAGUGAAGACAGUGAAAAGCCCUUCAGGCCUAGCUCUCCCUCCAGACAUGGACCCUACAAAAAUCUGCACCGGGAAAGGAGCAGUGACUCUCCGGGCCUCGUCUUCCUACAGGGAAACCCCAAGCAGCAGCCCCGUGAGCCCCCAGGAGUCUCCGAAGCAUGAAAACAAGUCAGGCCUGGAGCCAGAGGACCCUUCAGCAGAUGAGUGGAAACUUUCUUCCAGUGCUGAUGCCAAUGGCAACGCCCAGCCCUCCCCACUUGCUGCCAAGGGCUAUAGAAGUGUACAUCCCAGCCUUUCUGCUGACAAGCUCCAGGGCAGUCCUUUACUAAACGAAGUUUCUUCUUCCCAUAUUGAAACUGAUUCUCAAGCCUUCCCUGCGACCAGCAAACCGUCCUCGGCCUACCCCUCCACCACAAUCGUCAAUCCCACCAUAGUGCUCUUGCAGCACAACCGAGAUCCUGCCUCAGAGAGAAGAGUGGGUGAGCAGGACUCAGUGCCAACCGCGGCAGAACUCACCUCGCCCAGCAGGGCUGCUGAAAGGAGAGUGAAGGAUGACAGUAGGCGGGUGGUGAAGAGCGCACAGGACCUAAGCAAUGUGUCUAUGGAUGAAGUGGGCAUCCCACUGCGGAAUACCGAGAGAUCCAAAGACUGGUACAAAACCAUGUUUAAACAGAUCCACAAGCUGAACAGAGAUGAUGAUUCUGAUCUGCACUCUCCUCGAUACUCCUUUUCCGACGAUACCAAGUCUCCCCUCUCUGUGCCUCGCUCAAAGAGUGAGAUGAACUACAUCGACGGAGAGAAAGUAGUUAAGAGGUCGGCCACACUCCCCCUCCCGGCCCGCUCAUCCUCACUCAAGUCCAGCCCAGAGAGAAAUGACUGGGAGCCCCCGGAUAAGAAAGUGGACACGAGAAAAUACCGAGCGGAGCCCAAAAGCAUUUAUGACUAUCAGCCGGGCAAGUCUUCCGUUCUGACCAAUGAGAAGAUGAGUCGGGAUAUAAGCCCAGAAGAGAUAGAUUUAAAGAAUGAACCUUGGUAUAAAUUCUUUUCGGAAUUGGAGUUUGGGAAACCGCCUCCCAAAAAGAUAUGGGACUAUACUCCUGGAGACUGCUCUAUCCUUCCUAGAGAGGCUAGAAAGACUAAUCUAGAAAAAGAUCUCAACUUCUGCCAAGCAGAGUUAGAGGCAGAUUUAGAGAAAGUGGAGACGGUUACUAAGUCACCCAGUGCAAACUCGCCACAGAGCUCAGCAGUCAGCCCGACUCCAGACAUUACAUCAGAGCCUCCUGGAUAUAUCUAUUCUUCCAACUUCCAUGCAGUGAAGAGAGACUCAGAUGGGACCCCCGGGGGUCUCGCUAGCUUGGAGAAUGAGAGGCAGAUUUAUAAAAGUGUCUUGGAAGGUGGCGACAUCCCUCUUCAGGGCCUGAGUGGGCUCAAACGACCCUCCAGCUCAGCUUCCACUAAAGUGGAUCGUAAAGGCGGGAAUGCUCACAUGAUUUCUUCAUCAUCAGUUCAUAGCCGAACGUUUCACACUAGCAAUGCUCUAGGCCCUGGGUGUAAGCACAAGAAACCCCUGUCCGCUGCGAAAGCCUGCAUUUCGGAGAUCCUUCCUUCUAAAUUCAAACCCAGGCUCUCCGCUCCCAGCGCCCUUUUGCAGGAACAGAAGAGUGUCCUGUUGCCUUCGGAGAAGGCUCAGAGCUGUGAGAACCUUUGUGUCUCUUUGAAUGAUUCCAAAAGAGGCCUCCCUCUCCGAGUUGGGGGCAGCAUUGAGAACCUGCUCAUGCGCUCCCGGCGGGAUUAUGACAGCAGGUCCAGCAGCACCAUGAGCCUGCAGGAGUACGGCACAAGCGCCAGAAGGUCCUGCCCUCUCUCCAGAAAGGCCGGACUGCAUUUCUCCAUGUUCUACCGGGACAUGCACCAGAUCAACCGAGCUGGCCUCUCCUUAGGCUCCAUCUCUUCCUCGAGUGUGCGGGAUCUUGCCUCUCACUUUGAAAGGAGCAGCCUGGCGUUAGCCAGGGGUGAGCUGGGCGCUAGCCAAGAGGGCUCGGAGCAUAUCCCCAAGCACACCGUGUCCUCCCGUGUCACGGCUUUUGAGCAGCUCAUUCAGCGGUCCCGGUCCAUGCCAUCCCUGGACUUUUCUGGCAGGCUGAGCAAGUCCCCGACACCUGUGCUGUCUAGGAGUGGCCUGACCUCAGCUCGUUCAGCCGAGUCCCUCCUUGAGUCUACCAAGCUCUGUCCCAGAGAGAUGGAUGUGAUGGACUCUGGAGGGGUCUAUGCGUCCCCCACAUGUAGCAAUAUGGCAGACCAUGCCUUGAGUUUCCGGAGCCUCGUGCCUUCUGAGCCUCUUUCCAUGUGCUCGGAUGAGCUGGACCACUGUUCAAAUGCUUCAAAUGACAGCCGCGACGGCAGCGCGGGCAGCGUUCAUGGAGACUUCCCCAAACAUCGCCUCAACAAAUGCAAGGGCACCUGCCCGGCCUCGUACACCCGGUUCACCACUAUCCGGAAGCAUGAGCAGCAGUCCUCCAGGCAGCCCGACUGGCGCUCGGAUGCCAGGGGGGACAGGAACAGUCUCCUCAGAAACAUCUACCUGAUGAGCCCCCUCCCUUUCCGAUUGAAAAAGCCCCUCCAACAGCACCCCAGACAGUCUCCCCCCAAUGACUCCUCAGGGUCCCCUGCUGGCGAGAAGGCAGACCUUCCCUAUCAGGCCUCUCAGGACCAUCCCCACUCUGCGGGGAAACCCGUGGUUCCCACCCGCCUGUCUUCCCGACACGCCAUGGCGAGGCUUAGCCACAACUCGGAACCCCCUCAGGAUAUAUCCACAGGCCUGGAGGAUUGCACAAGGGCAUUUAAUAACGGGAACCCUGUACCCUACUCAGACCAUGCCUUGGACAGGAACAACAAUCCACCAAGUGAACUGGCAGCGGCCCAAGGAGAUUCAGAGUCGCCAAGACACUUUAUACCAGCUGAUUACUUGGAGUCCACAGAAGAAUUUAUCCGGAGAAGGCACGAUGAUAAAGAGAAGCUUUUAGCGGACCAGAGACGACUUAAGCGCGAGCAAGAGGAGGCGGAUAUUGCAGCUCGCCGUCACACAGGUGUCAUCCCGACUCGCCAUCAGUUUAUCACUAAUGAGCGCUUUGGGGACCUCCUCAAUAUAGAUGAUACUGCCAAAAGGAAAUCUGGGUUAGAGAUGAGACCUGCCCGAGCCAAAUUUGACUUUAAAGCUCAGACACUGAAGGAACUGCCUCUGCAGAAAGGAGACAUUGUUUACAUCUACCGACAGAUUGAUCAGAACUGGUACGAAGGUGAACACCAUGGCCGGGUGGGAAUCUUCCCACGCACCUACAUUGAGCUUCUCCCUCCAGCUGAGAAGGCUCAGCCCAGAAAGUUGGCUCCUGUGCAGGUUUUGGACUAUGGAGAAGCCAUUGCAAAGUUUAACUUUAAUGGUGACACACAAGUAGAAAUGUCCUUCCGAAAGGGGGAGAGGAUCACGCUGCUCCGACGGGUGGAUGAAAACUGGUACGAAGGCAGGAUUCCCGGGACAUCCCGCCAAGGCAUCUUCCCUAUCACUUAUGUAGACGUACUUAAGAGGCCGCUGGUGAAAAACCCUGUGGAUUACAUCGACCUGCCUUAUUCUUCUUCCCCAAGUCGCAGUGCCACUGCAAGCCCACAGUAUACUAGUCACAGCAAGCUCAUCAUGCCAGCCCCUUCAUCUCUACCCCACCCCCGCCGAGCCCUGUCCCCUGAGAUGCACGCCAUCACCUCCGAGUGGAUCUCGCUGACUGUUGGGGUCCCGGGCAGGCGUUCUCUGGCCAUGACACCGCCCCUGCCUCCUCUGCCUGAGGCUUCUGUCUAUGACAUGGACCACUUGGCAUUGUCAGCGAGGGCCCGUCCCUCUUUGCCACUCAGCCUCCCCUAUUCAAGUCGGUCAGAUCACUCCACCCUGCGCUCAGUGGUUUCCCCUCUGGCCCUGCCUCCACCCCACAAAGCCUACUCACUGGCACCCAGUGCCCAGGCUCCUCUUCACGUCAAUGGAGAUGGUGGUAUUCACAGUCACCAAGAUGGCUUCUCCCAGCCACCACUUGGGAACUCUGAUAGGGUCAUCUCCGAGCUUAGUGAUGCCUUUAGCAGCCAGAGCAAGAAACAGCCCUGGCGAGAAGAUGGGCCAUAUGAGAGAAAAGCAGAGAGUGAGGCAGGUGAGAGAUGCCCUGGUGGACCCAAGAUCUCUAAGAAGAGCUGCUUGAAACCUUCAGACGUGGUCAGGUGCCUGAGUUCUGAGCAGAGACUCCCAGAGCUCCACACUCCUGAGGACAGCCAGUCCUGCAGGCCUCUGGGUAGCCCUUCUCCAGCGUGGGAGGCUGGGCCAUCAGAGCUGUACAGAGGUGUCGAGGCUGACAGGAAGGCUGCUCAGAGUGGUGUGAGCCAGCCUUCUCAUCACUCAUUGAGCGCAGGACCUGAUCUCACAGAAUCUGAAAAGAACUAUGUGGAAGCGGUUUGCAAUGAGAUCAUAAACAUUGCCGAGAAAUCCGUUCAUUACUGCAGCACUGUCUCUCAUCCCCUUGACUUCCAUCACAAGGUACCCCCUUCUGACAAUAAAUCAUCUUUAAUCAUUUCUCAGCAACCUCAAGCCCAGCAGCGAAGAGUCUCCACAGAUAGGAGUCAGCCCUCACAGGAUUUAUGUAGCUACCAAGCGUUAUACAGUUAUGUGCCCCAGAACGAUGAUGAAUUGGAACUCCGAGAUGGAGAUAUUGUUGAUGUCAUGGAAAAAUGUGAUGACGGAUGGUUUGUUGGCACUUCGAGAAGGACGAGGCAGUUUGGUACUUUUCCCGGCAACUAUGUAAAACCUUUAUAUCUAUAAGAAGACUGAAAUGCACAGAGAUUAUUUUUAUCAGAGGAUGAAGCAUCAUUCAUGAACUGGUCUCUUUAUCUAAAUAUUGAAUCAGAAGGAAACUAAUGCAGUUGGUAAAGGAAGAAAUCGAAGAGAAGAACAAGGAAGUGUGCUGAAAACCCAUGGUGGAUCAGGGCUUAACUGUGUGCUGAGGAAAUCAGUAUUUACAAGGCUGCUUCUGAGAGCUGCUCCAGCCCCCACCACUUGGAUAAUCUGAUCUGGAGUAGUGUCUAUAAGCAGCAUUAGCCAAAACAUGUGCCCAGUCUUUACCCACUCCCAUUUCAAAGAUAGGUCAGUCCUCAGCCAUGUUCCACAGGUCCCAAGCAUGAGCAUCAUUGACAACCCCUGCUUCUAUCCCUGGCUGUCCCAGAGCCAGCAGACCCCAAGUGCUGCGAGAGGCUGGUCUGCCUUGCUGAGGUUUUCCUUCAGCACUGUGAUUUGAUGAGAUCGGGGUGAAGAAACUGAGGCAGACCAGGCCCCUGGUGCCAGCCAGCUGGAUACAUUGCUCUUUACUGCCCUGAUACUCAGACAGAAAAUCAUGCCAUGUUUGUCCCGAGCUUGGGGAGCAGGUGGCCAGGCAGAUGGGGUUACAUUCCUGUUUCCACGUGACUAAGCCAGUCUCCUUGGGGCUCCAGAGGUCACUUGGAGUGUGCUUCUUCCCCCAUCACCAUCACUGGCUGGGCAGGGGUGGCAGUGCCUUUCU